GAUUUUGAGUUUGUAUGUGUGUGAGUGAGGAAGAACGGGAGGGUGAGAGAGAGAAAGAGAGAGAGAGGGAGAGGAAGAGGGAAAGAGGGUGAGAGAGACAGAGACACACAGACAGGGCAAUUGAGAAGAGGGAGGGAGACAGAUAAAGAGAGAGAGAGUGGGAGGGAGACCGAGAGAGAGAGGGAGGGAGACCGAUAGAAAGAGAGAGAGAGAGAGAGAGAGAGAGAGAGAGAGAGAGACCGAUAGAGAGAGAGAGGGAGGGAGGGAGACAGAUAGAGAGAGAGCGAUAGAGAGAGGGGGGGGGGGAGCUGCACUGCCUCUGACUCUGUCUCUCAGGUUCUCUCUGCCGUCACUGCUUGAAACACUUGGCCACAGGCUAUGCCACCAGACACACAUGGAUUGCAAAGCCUCAUGCUUUUCACCCAACUUUCCACAUUAGGACUGAACUGACUGACAACAUGGACUCCUGAUUUUGAGGGGGGAUUUUUUGUUUUGUUUUUUGUUUUUUUUACUUCUUUCCCUGAGAGCUUUAGGAGAUCUGAAGGCACUCUACUGGAUUUCUCAACCGCGCUGGCCAGGUCCCCGAAAAUGGAUAUUUCGACAAUGUUUUCCUACCAUUUGGAUGAACACUUGAAGCUCGAAAUGUGAUAAAAAUCAUGUUGCUCUUGAAAACAUAUAAGGAACUCUUCCCUGGGUCGUCAAUGACCUUUGGAACGUUGAUGGAAAGGUGUUUGUCAGCAGGUCAUUUAUAAAAGCUCCCACAUUUUCUUAACUGCAUGUUUAUUGACCUUGGACGACGACGAGAAAAAAAAGGAAGUAACUUUUUUUUUUCAACCAACAUCAUGAACAGCAGCAGCAACAGCAGUAGCAAUAACAUUGAUUUUGACAACAACACCAACAGUCUCUACCAUGUGGAACCUAUCCCUGAGCUCCUGGGCUUCUUGGUCUUCAUCAUCCUGGUCACCGUGCUGGGAAACCUGCUGGUCAUCAUCUCCAUCGCACGCAACUCGCAGCUGCAGACCACCACCAACAUCUUCAUCAUGUCGCUGGCGUGCGCCGACCUCAUCAUGGGCGUGCUGGUGGUCCCCCUGGGCGCCACCGUCGUGGUCACAGGCAAGUGGCAGCUCAGCCGGACGUCGUGCGAGCUCUGGACCUCGGUGGACGUGCUGUGCGUGACGGCCAGCAUCGAGACGCUGUGCGUGAUCGCCGUGGACCGCUACAUCGCCAUCACGCGGCCGCUGCGCCACAAGGUGCUGCUCAACAAGUGCCGCGCCCGGCUCAUCGUGUGCGUGGUGUGGGUGGUGUCGGCGCUCAUCUCCUUCGUGCCCAUCAUGAACCACCUGUCCAUGGCCGACGACCCCGAGGCGCAGGACUGCUACCAGGACAUCACCUGCUGUGACUUCGUCAGCAGCAUGUCCUACGCCAUCGUCUCCUCCGUGGUGUCCUUCUACGUGCCGCUGCUCAUCAUGAUCUUCGUCUACGCCCGCGUCUUCAUCAUCGCCACCAAGCAGGUCAGGCUCAUCGGCAAGAGCCGCCAGCGCUUCCAGAACGAGUGCAUGGCCGCCAACGCCAACGCCGCCGCUGAGCUACAGCAACCGGAGCAAGAACAACCGCAACAGCAACAGUACCAACAACCGCAUUGCCAACACAAUCUCCAGCAGCAGAACCAGCAGCAGAACAUGCACAGGAACAAUAACCUACCCAUGGCGACAGGGUGCAACAGCAGUAGCAGCAGCAGCGGUGGGCAGAUCUGCUCAGGUGGUAGUGGUGGUGGUGGUGGUGUUUGUAGUGGUGGUGGUGGUUGUGGUGGUGUUGGCCACAGCUCCUCGUCGUUCUCCUCCUCCACCACCACCACCACCACCACCACCAUGGCCACAGCCAGGCGCAAGAGCUCGCGGCGGCGUCCAUCGCGGAUGGCGAUGGUGAAGGAGCACAAGGCCCUGAAGACGCUGGGCAUCAUCAUGGGCACCUUCACGCUGUGCUGGCUGCCGUUCUUCGUGGCCAACAUCAUCAGCGCCUUCGACCGCACGGCGAUCCUGCCGCUCAUCUUCCGCCUGCUCAACUGGCUGGGCUACAUCAACUCGGGCCUGAACCCCAUCAUCUACUGCCGCAGCCCCGAGUUCCGGGCCGCGUUCAAGAACCUGCUGGGCUGCCCUUGGCUGUCGCUGCGGCUGGGCGCGACGCCCCGCAUGAACUCCCUGUGCAAAGAGCUGAGGACUCGAUGCCCGUGUUUCUUGGGCUCAGCCGAGUCGGGGAUGAUGAGGAGGGGGGCGGCCGGGUCCGGGUCCGGGUCGGGGUCCGGCGGGGCGUUCCAGAAGGCUCCGUCCUUCUCCUCCUCCGCCCCGCCCGUGUCAACGUUGACGUCUGUGGGCCCUGAUUUCAGGCCGACGUUGAUGACGAUGGCGCCGACGAUGGCGGAGGUGGGGGAGGAGGAGGGGAACGGCAGCCUGAACAGCAGCAGCCAGAGUAGCUACCGGAGCCAGGAGUUGCACUCGCCCGGGCCGCCACACUCCAACGGCAGCACGCACUUCAGCGAGCUGUCUGAGCCCGAGACCGAAUUCUUUGGCUUACAGGAAAAGGAUGGAUGAGAGGCAUGACGAGUGACACCCAGAUUCUGGGACGCCAGCCCUUGGAGGGGGGACUACCACGCUGCAGGCACCUGGGGAACGAGUGGUGGCAUCAGGCCCAAGCCAGAUCCCACGAUGUCUCAAGACAUGAACCAGCCCCAACGAGGCAAUCCAAACAACAAAACAAUGGAAGAAAAUGAACACCAAAAAUUCAAAGGACGUGGAUCACCCGAUGAAUCAAGAUUUUUUAAACUUUUUUUUUAUUUUUAAAAGAACACAAAAAAACAAAAUGGAGCCUGCACACUGUCCAAAUGUCGCUGGAUGGUCAGCGGACCAGGCUAUCUGUUGGUCGGUCGACUACCUGGUGUUGUAAGGCCCCAGUGUUUUUGGCACUUGUGUCUAAGUGAAGCUUGGAUGAAUAUUCUGCAUUUGGCAGGGAGAGAACUGAGAACUGACAGGAGUCCUUGACAUCUUUUGGCUGGGCUCGGGACAGAGACAUAUGAAAGGGCCCCAAACCCGAUGCGUACAAUGUAAUGAGGAUCUGAUUCUGCCCCCCCCCCCCCCCUCUCCCUGGGCCUGGGACAAGUGACCCCUUUGUUCCCCCCUGUCGACUACCUUUCUGAGAACUGACAGGAGUCCUUGGUGUAUCUGAGUUACUUUACGCCAUGACCAUCACUAGUGGCGACUUCACCAGCCCAGCUCUCCCACUGUUAGCUGCACCCACUGAACACCCCCCACCAACAGUACACACCACAUAUCCACCCCACCCCCUUCUCCGUCCUCAAACACAACUGUAUGUUAGGAUGUACUCUUCUGAGAAAAUGGAUGUAGCCUUUAGGAACUGUGCAACAGUGCAUAAAUUCAAAUGUGGAUAUUUAAAUACAUUUUUUCAAUUUUCCUCCUCUGGUACCGUCAGUGUAUGUACAGUAAAUGUCAAAGUGGUAGAAGCUCAGAUUAGGUUUUGUAUUUUUUUUCUCUCUUGUUGUGUUAAGUUAUUAUUAUUUUUUUAAUUUAUGCAUCUUUUCUCUUGAACUGUGGAUGUGCAAAUGUUUAAAGUACUCAGUACUCCAGGAAUAGAGUCCUUUUCGCAAGUGCAAGUUAGUCAAGCGUGUAAAAUAUUUUCCCUUUUUAAAAGUUAUAAGCUAAGUGUUGUUGCACGGCUGCCUGCCUGCGCCCUUUUGCCCAAAUCCCAUGUGAUCACAGAGUAAAUGUCACACACAUACACAGCAUAGGCUACAGUAGUUGAACACCAGAGCAUUGGGAGAGAUGAACUGUUUAACAUUGGCAAAAAAAAAAAAUGUCCGCAAGACCUUUAUACAGCAAACAAUAACCUUAAACCUACUGACAUCUUGAAUGUCACAAUAGUUCAAAUGUAACGCCAGAAUGUGAAUUCACUCGAAGUCAUUUUAAGCUCAUUGCUCUUUGGGAUUUCGUCAACAGAAACCCACAUAAAACAUACAGAGGAACUUCCCUCAAAAAUGCUUUCAGAAAUGUUCUGAGAACUUUGCUCCUGCAGUCCAUUAACAAUUUUUCGCAUUUGAAAGACUAUGGAUGUACAGCAUGCACGUGAAAGUGUUCCUGACAUUACUUGGGCUUACUCUGUGAAGAAGAGACUAGAUCUUAAGCAAUUUCUUGUCCAUUGUAUUCAGGAUACGCAAAGAUAUGACCUCCUCUGCUUCUUAGCUGUGUCUGUUGUAAUUGUCCAUAUCACUGUAAAAAUGGCAGGUUCUUCGAAGAAUCCCCCGUUGUCAUUAUAGGGGAACCCCUCGGGUUCCUCAGAGAGCUUUUUGGUUCUCACACGAAUCAGAACUGAACUAACAGCGCAUUUGCCUGGUGGAUUGUUGAUGAUUUUGGCCUGGCCCUCCCCUCAAUGUAGUGGUGUAAGUCCUCAUGCCGCCACAGCUGACCUCUCUGUGUCAGAUUUAAAUAUUCAUUUUGUCUGUUGUGGUCAAAAAAGCUCCUAAUAGAUGAUUUAAAAUGGUGUCACAGGCUUCAUUGUCUCUCUCAAUGCCUGGUGAACCGGUCCUGGCUGCAAAAUGCCCACAAAUGAUUUUUAGCCCCAGGCCAGCCCUGGAAUCAACUGAGGGUUUAUUGUGGCCUGAUUAUCAUCGACUUUCAAAUCUCUUUGAGACUUGGCCUGACCACGAGCAUAACAAUUAACAUUUCCCAAAUGGCACGGUUGACCCGCCUCCCUUGGUUUGCUACUGGUUGUUUGCUUCCCGACAAAGGGGGAGGAGUUCCUCGUUUUUCUGGAGCUCAGAAACGAUAUUUGUAUUGAUCCUGGCCUGACUAGGAGGGCGCGGCCUGGCUAGUUUCUUUGAGGAACCUUCACAUUUUUACAGUUGCUGCUACAAAUACUCCUCUUUGUCCUUGUACAACUUCAAGCUUGUGUGUAGUAGUAGGCUGUCUGUGUAACUGCUUUCUCUCUGUAGCCUACCAUGCUUUUAGCAUAUCCUCUUUGAUCUGUAUAGGAUGAUGUAAAGAAUGUCACGCACAACAUUGUUUUUUUUGUUUGUUUGUUUGUUUGUUUUUUGAUUAAAAUCGUCCUCAUGUGAUGGCUGGAGCCCGCCCAUGAAUUCUUUGAUGCAUGCACCACAUUUCGUGACUAGUUUGAAGUGUUCAAUUAACGCUUCAUUUAACAGUUCAGAGAGUUGAAUGUAACUAACAAUACUACUACAUAGCAUGUAUACAGUAAUUCAAAUGGAUCUAGGCCUAUAUCAAAGUGUUGGAUUAGGACAGCAAAAUGUGCUCUAUACUCAUGUGAUGAUCAGUGUCAGGAGUGAUCAUCGAUAGUGGCUAUAUACAGUAAGGGGCAGUGACAAGUUAGGGAUAUGGGCUUCAAACCGAAAGGUUGCUGGUUCAAUGCCAAAGCAAGGUAUGGCACCAGGUGCUGUAGUGGGCAGUCAGACGCUGCUUUAGAUUAGUUUGCAAGUCACAAAAUUCACAAAUUGGGACAAAUGCAGAGAACCAAUUUUCCCUCAAGUGAUCGAAAAAGUUCAUAGAAUUUAGUUUAACUU